AUGCCUUCGAGAAGGGAUGAUUCCGAAGUUGCCCGACUUGUAUCCGAGCAACUCAUGGCUGCACUUCCAAACAUUGUUAGCCAAGUGGCAGCUGGCCUGAAUAAUAAUCAAAACAACAAUCAAGGAUCGGGAAAUAGAGAAUGUACGUACAAACCCUUUAGGAGUUGUAAUCUGAAGGAAUUUCACGGGACUGAGGGAGCCGUGGGAUUACUGACUUGGUUAGAGAGCAUGAAGUCUGUGCUCCAUAUUAGCGAAUGUACCGAAGGGAAGAAAGUAGAGUUUGCUGCAUGUCUAUUACAAGGACGAGCAUCAACUUGGUGGAAUACCCAAGUACAAACUCGGGGCCGAGAAGCCGCCAACGGUCUUACGUGGGAAGAUUUUAAGAGAAUGAUGAAAGAAGAGUAUUGUCCAAGGAGCGAGAUCCCGAAACUGGAAGCAGAAUUAUGGAAUCAUGAAAUGAGAGGAAAUGAUAUAGACUCUUAUACUGCACGUUUUCAUGAGUUGGCAAAAAUGGUACCGCAUCUAGUGAUGCCUGAAGUGAAUCGAGUUGAUAGAUAUAUUUGGGGAUUAUCUCCGGUGAUACGCGGGGAUGUUACUUCGGCAAACCCAAAAACCCUACAAGAGGCAGUAAGUCCGGCAACCAAACUCACCAACAAUGCUACUCGUUCGGGAAUGUUUGUAAAAGAUAAGGCUUCAGGGAAGAGAAAGAUGGAAGAACCUACACGAAGGCAGUCUGGGGGAAGAAUGGGAAAGGCUCUGAAAAUAUCAGGAAACUACGGGAUUCAGACUCAAUCAGCAGAGAAGGAGAAAAAAACUUAUCAAAGGUGUGAGAAGUGCAAUAAAUAG